AUGCUGAAACUUAUGAAUAAGACUUCAGAGAAACAGAUCUAUCUUACCAAAUAUGAGGACCGAAAGGCAGCCUUUGUUUUUGCUGGUGAUUAUAAUGCCCAUCACCGUGAAUGGCUUGAAUCAGUUUCUCCAACUGACUCCCAUGGUCGUGCUGCUCUUGAUUUUGCGAAUGUCUCUGGAUGUUCUCAGUUAGUUGUGGGUCCAACACAUCUGGCUGGCAAUCGGCUUGAUCUUGUCUUUACCGACGUACCAGAGACAGUCAAGGUAACCACUAUGGCACCUCUUGGCACAUCAGAUCACUCUGCGAUUAGUAUUCAACUUAACUUGAGACAAAAUAUUCCUGCAUACACAGUCACCAAAGAGGUCUUCUUGAAGGGGCGCAUUAAUUGGAGCUCUGUCAGAGAAGACGUUUCUCGUAUUCGUCUAGGACCGGUCUUGAGCAACCCUGAUCCUGUCUCAGCAUUGAAUGAGGAACUGAAGCGUAUUAUCUCUCGGAGGGUUCCUGUAAAGAAAGUUUGUUUGCGCUCCAACGACAAGGCCUGGUUCAACAUUGAUUGUCGUACUGCUAGAGACACUAAGCAAGCGGCUUAUCGCAGGUGGUCACACUUAAGGACACGUGAAACUUGGGAUGCGCACACUGUUGCCAGAGCUUCCUGUGCGGCAGUCUACAGGACUGCUGAGAGCGAAUAUUUUACCUCUGCGAAAGAAAAACUAUCCACUGCAUCUGACCCGCACAAGUGGUGGUCCACGCUGAAGUCAGUUGUCUUUGGUUUGCGACCAUCUCUCCCUGCUCUGCUUUCUGAUACUGGACAGCUGAUCACAAGUCCAAAAGGCAAAGCUGAUCUGCUGAUGAAACUCUUUGACUCCAAGCUCUGUCGAGCUCCAGCCCCCACCAGCGAGUUGCCUCCCGCCAUGCCAGUCUUGACAAAACUGGCUUUUAGGUCUAAGGAAGUCAUGAGACUACUUUUAGCACUCGACUCCCAUGGCGGCACGGAUCCGCUUGGGAUGUUUCCUAUGUUUCUGAAAGAAACAGCUGCAGUUCUUGCUCCCAAACUGAGUGCAGUCUUCAGACGCCUAAUCCUGACCGGUAGUUUCCCCAUGUGCUGGAGAAAUGCGAACAUCACAGCGAUCCCUAAAGGCUCUCCAUCAUCUGAUGCCAGCAACUAUAGACCAAUCUCUAUCACGCCGUUACUUUCUAAGAUCUUUGAACAUGUUAUUUCUGGUCGUCUCUCUCGUUACCUUGAACACUCUCAUUUGAUACCAGCUAAUCAGUUUGCUUAUCGGAAGAACCUAGGGACUACGGAUGCGCUACUCACUAUCUCUCAUAAGAUUCAGCAAGCUCUUGAUUGUGGGCAUGAAGCCAGGGUAGUCCAACUUGAUUUCUCUGCAGCUUUUGACCGAGUCAACCAUGCCGGUCUUCUCAGGAAGCUGCAAUCUUUUGGUGUCGGUGGCCCGGUACUGUCCAUCUUGACUCAAUUUUUGACCCACCGCACCCACCGUGUGUGCGUUGAUAGUUGCUACAGUGACUGGUGCAGCGUCCACUCAGGUGUUCCCCAGGGUAGCUUUUAA